AUUUUCACUACGCGAGAAUUUGCGCAUGAUGACAAUUAGCUAACGAGCUGCCUCGUGCCGUCCGAAUGACGUAACUUGAACGCGAGCCAGUGUUUGUGUGGAAAGCUUGAAACGCCCAGUUCGUACGAGCCUCGGACCUGCAAGGACACCUCCACACUGCUCAGGAAACAUGUCUGCUGUCUACCUUCUCCUCCUGCUGCUCCCUCUUAUCUCAGCUCAGACCUAUCACUGGGGUCCCUGUCCUAUUCCGAAGGUGCAGCCCAGCUUCAAACUUGAACAGUACCUGGGUAGGUGGUAUGAGAUUGAGAAGCUUCCUGCGUCCUUCGAGAGAGGAAAGUGCAUUGAGGCGAACUACUCCAUCAGGAAAGAUGGAACCAUCCGAGUGCUGAACUCUCAGUUCUAUAAAGACAAAGUGAGGGUAGCAGAAGGGACAGCUGUGGUUCAGGACCCACGAGAGCCAGCACAACUUGGAGUGAGCUUCUCAUAUUUUACUCCUUAUAGUCCAUACUGGGUCCUAACCACUGACUACACCAGCGUGGCCGUCGUGUACUCCUGCACAGACAUCCUUCGCAUCUUCCACAUCGACUACGCCUGGAUCCUCGGACGCUCACGCUUCCUGCCUGCAGAGACGGUGUAUUACGCCAAAGAGGUGCUGAUCAACGAAGGGAUCGACCUUUUCAGGAUGAAGCCCACAGAUCAGAUGGGCUGCAAGGAUAACUAGGGACUGAAGGAGGCUUCUUUCUCUCAGCCUCUGACAACUGAAGACUUUAUAUGUCUCCAUCUCUUCAGAUUCAGUAGUUUAAUCACAAUAUUGCUGCCUAAUAUUUUAUAUUUUAAAAGAAGACAAAAAUAUUCUAGUGUCUCUUUUGUUGAUGAAUGGAAUUGAUCACAAUUUAUUGUAAACAAUAUUGUAAUUAUUGAAAAACUAACCACUUUGAUUUCCACCAUAAAGAUAUAAAACAUGUAUAUUUUAAUUAUGUUUCAGCUGCUACCGGUAAAAGUUGGUCUGAAUAUAUAUUUUGGAUUUUGGUUUAGUCUUGCAUUGAAUAAUAUUUAAAGAAACAAGUUUGCUCUUGGUGAUGAGAAAAACGACGGUUCUGUGUUCAUUAAAGAUGCAUUCCUUAAGCA